GACUUUUGUAAAUAAACAAACAUUGGCUACAACGUGACUUACACAAUCAGUUUCAUAACUAUGAAUCUGGGGUUAUUUUUGGGUAGAAGCAUCAGUGGAAUUCCUUUCACAGGAUCAAAACAGCUUCAAAAUAUAAGGAGUUUCUGUUCUUUAAAAGAUCAUCAGAUGUACAGACGCCCAACAGUCAGAACACUGCCGAUCGUCUCCUAUUGUCUUGCUUUCUUCAGUAAAGUACAGAUAGUAGACAGUCCUCGCCAACGUUCAGUCCAUUCUGGGAUUACUGCUGACAACAGUAGCAAUAUGUCUGCCAAACUACAAAGGGCCAAACAGGAAGCCGUGUGGGGCAUGUUUAUAGCGGAUGCUCUAGCAAUGCCAGUCCACUGGUACUACAAUGUAGCGGAUAUUAAAUCCGGAUAUGGAGGAUGGCUUACCGGUUACAGGGCUCCAGAAAAACGACAUCCCUCCAGUAUCCUUACCAUAUCGGCCACAGGUGGCAGUGGGCGAUCUGGAUGGAACACAAAGAGCAAACCAGUGAUAGGAGACAUAAUUCUCCAUGAUAAACUUAGAUACUGGACAAGCAACGACAGAUCUGUCCACUAUCACCAAGGAAUGAAAUCAGGGGACAAUACCUUGAAUCUGUCAAUGGCACUAAACAUGCUGCAGACAAUGGUGACAGCGGAUCCGGACGCUACCAUGGACCCACGAGAAUUACGCGGCAAAGUUUUGGAGCAGUAUGUACAAUUUAUGACCACACCAGGGAUGCACAAUGACACCUAUGCUGAGUCCUUCCAUCGAUCAUUUUUCAAAGAUUGGAGUGAGAGCGAAACGUGCCCAAGGUCGGGUGAAGAUUUAUUGAAGUGGACUGAGGAAAGGUACUUGACCAAAAGCAGAGGAUCUUCAGACCACCAGCUGGUCGUUAUUGGUGCCCUUGUGCCGGCCAUUCCUUGGAUAAUCCACUACGCUCAUAAAUCUGAGUCAGAGUGUGCCAAAGCCACCGUAGACUUUAUUAAACUUACGCACCCCGAGCCCGGGCUGGUUCCUUUCAUCAAUAUUUACGCCAGAUUGUUACACGGUGUAUUAAAUGGUAACCCACUCAAACAGGAAGCCAUGAAGGCGCUUAGUAACGCUGAACUUGGCGGUCAGCAGAAACGAGAAACAGUAUUAAAACUCCUAGAUAUGGCUAGCAGAUCUCCAAGAGGUUCAGAGGACAGGUUACGAAUCUGCCAGUCCGCUACGGGUCGAUUGGGCUCUGCUUGUUAUAUCGAGGGGGCUAUGUCUAGUCUACUGUUUCUAGCAUUAGAAUUCGCUGAUGACGUCAAUGAAGGACUACUCACAAAUGCAAACUGCGGAGGUGAAAACUGCCACCGAGGUGCGGCAUUGGGUGCAAUUUUAGGGGCGACAGCGGCUCAACAGGAUACCAGGGUAUCGACUGAAUUCAAGGAGAAUCUGAGGGCAUCAAAAAGGGGACUUCUUGCUUUAUUUGAACAAAUGAAAUCCUAAAUUUAUGAAUACAUUGUAUUGAUAAUUGACAAUUUAAACGUGUUUGAUUUUGUAUUUAUUUUAUUACAUGAAGUAUUAUUUUAUACUUUGAAAUGUUGAUACAUUGACCUGUGUUGUGUCACUGCAAAUAUUAUGAUUAAUGGUGUUGUACAAUGUAAUAAUUGUCAGAGAUAUCGAUGGAAUCAGUGCGCGAAGAAUUACGUUGCGUAUGAACACAAUGCCUGUAUUUACAUCGAAAUUAAUGACCUGUAAGGUUUUUUUCAUAGAAAAAAAAUCUGUUUGCAAAUCCAAUGUCUGAAAUAUUAGAUUGAUUUUAUCAAGUAAGCAACAUUUAGAAUCCGCGAAUGUAUGUCAAUAAAAAUCGUAUACAAUUAAGUGCUGCUGCCUCACAUUCAAAUAGUUAACCUGAUCCUUCUUAUCAUAUUUCGUAACCUUUUCCCCUAGAUUUUAUAAUUGCAUUGAGGUUGGUAUACAUGCACUUGUAACACGUUUAAAAGUGAAGCAUUUGUGAUGUCCAUUGAUUUCAUAUCUCUGCAGAAGAUAUCUGUGUUGUACUCGUAAUAAUUAUAAAAUGCAGUGAAAUGUCGAAUUUUUAAUGUUAAUUUAUUUACAUUUGUGGAAUAAAUUUUGAGUUCCAA